AUAAUAUUCUAUAAUAAAUAUUUAAAAAUAAAUAAAUAAAAAAUAGAUGACAAUUUCAAUUCAAGCCCAUCAAAAUAAAAAAAGUAAAUAAUAGGAGAUUCUAAUUUUAAAAAAGCAAGUGUAAUAAUUCACAAAAUCUCAAGUUAAAACUAUGAUAAUCUAAAAUUUGAUUUUUAAGAUGAUGACGAAAUUCAAACUGAGAAUUUCAAACUAAAUUACGAUUUAGAAAAAGGAAUAUCUAUAAAAACAUUAGCCUCUAAAAAAUAAAAAUAAGAAAAAAAUGAAACUUAUCCAAUAUUAAUAUCUAUCAAAUCUGAAGAAAAUGAAAUGCAUAAAACCAUCCUAAUUGAAGAGACAGAAAAAGAAACACAAUAAUUAUAAGAAAUACCUAUAAUAAGUUAUUUAGCUAAAAAAGCCACAAAUAUAAAUUAAAUACGUUUCCCUAUAGAUUUGAUAUGUGUAGUAGAUGUAUCAGGAUCAAUGAAUGAUUAUAACAAGAUAAAUUUGCUAAAAGAAGCAUUAUUAAAUUUGUUAUCUUUACUAAACGAAAAUGAUAGAAUGUGUAUAAUAACCUUUUCAACAGAUGCCGAAAGAUUAACGAAAUUAUUAAAUGUAGGAAAAGAACAAAACAGAUAAUAUAUAUAAGAAUAAAUAGAAAAACUUACUGGGAAAGGAAGUACAAAUAUAAAUAAUGGAAUGCAUUUGGCUUUCGAAGUUUUAAAAUAAAGAAAAUAUAAGAAUGCAGUUUCAAGCAUAUUUUUACUUAGUGAUGGUUUGGAUGAAAAUGCAGACGUUAGAGUUUUAAGUUUGCUUAAAAAAUUCGAUUUUUAUCAAAAUUAUGAAUAAGAUAAUUUCACUAUUAAUACUUUUGGUUUUGGAGAAGAUCAUUGUCCUAUUUUAAUGGAUAAUAUUGCAUAAUUAAUGGACGGAAAUUUCUAUUUUAUUGAAGAACUUAUAAGUGGAGUUUAAAAAGACUUCCUAAUUGAAGGUUUGGGAGAGCUAAAAGAAGGAUGUUUAGAAACAAAAGUUAAAUUUUAGAAAAUUAAGGGUGUUGAAGAAAAAAAAAACUUCUUUGAAAAAUAAGAAGGGUUAUAAAUUAUUAACGACGACGAUUAAGACGGUAGAAAAAUUAGAAAAAAGAUCAGAUUAAAGAGUUUCAUGGAACAAGUUUGUGUCAUGUAAAAGAAUUUAUUUAGAAUAAAGAAGUGA